AUGCAAGCCACAGAAUCGGCAGCUGCCCGAAGUCUCGCCGCCGUCGAUUCGGGCUAUCCGACACCGCCAGAGCUACACGUCGAUGUCUGGAGCGACCGCCUCAAGGCCGGCAACGUCAAAGCGCCACAUCUGCUUGUCAGUCUAGACGGUCCAUCAGAGCGGCUGCUAGAAGCAUCGAAAAGGUCGGUCAACGACCGGGCUCACCGUACGCACAAGGACGCCUCCAAUGACUUUUACCGCAGGGCAUGCUGGGCUCCCGACGGGUCCGCGCUGCUUGCCCUCACAGAAUCACAGCAGAAGCAUGUCAUCGGCUGUAGCAGCGCAGGCAGUCUCGAACCCUGUGUGAGCCUGAACAGCCCAUCACCCCUGCUCGACGCCAUCUGGUACCCUGUGCCUGCCUUGGAAGAGCCGACGGCCGAGCACCACCCUGAUGGACAAGGGGCCGCUCUAAGCGCAACAUGGUGCUUUGCCGAGUCGCAUCGCGACCUGCCAACUCGCCUCACCUCUAGCAGGGAUGGCAGCUCUCGAGCCAACUAUUCGAUCAUGAACCACGUCGAAAAGUUUGUCGGACCUCAUUCGCUCGUCUUCAGUCCCGAUCUAUCACGCCUCUACUGCGGGCUUUAUUCAGCGCUUGCGGUGUUCCCGCUUUCACGACCUGGUCUGAACACCCACUCUCUGAUACCGCUUACAUCGGGCAAAAGGUCAGUCGGGGGCCAGAGAGGGAUCGUAUCAGCGCUCGCAGCUGCGGCACAUCCGAGCGAGCCUUCGCAAGAGCUUGUUGCCGUGGGGACAUUCAGCGGCAAUGUUGCCGUCUACGGUUUUGAUCCGACCACCUUUCCGGAGCCGACCGAACACACAGCAGUGCAGACCACACCCGGCGACGAUGGAGAGCCCCUAGCUCAAAGCUCCUGUCUAGCUGGAUGGCGAGAGGUCGAAGGUGACGGUAUCACACAGCUCAAGCUCCAUCCGCUCACACCGUAUGUGCUGUUCGUCGCAUCGAGGCGCUCGGAUAGUAUCUAUGUCUAUGACAUUCGCUAUCUGAUCGGAGACACGUCGAGGUGGCAAUUCCGACCUUUAGCACAGCCAGCAGGUGGCGUUCGCACAGCUCAUCUGCUCGCGAGGCUGCAGCGACCAGGCGGAUCGAGCAAUCAGCGGCUCUACUUUGACGUCGACUGGGCCGGUCGAUGGCUUGCGACAGGUGACCAGGAGGGUAUCAUCCAUAUAUGGCGUAUCGAUACCGGUCGAUUCACGGAUCAUGCCGAUGUCGAUGGAAAGGACGGACAGGAGCCAGAAGCUCUGGAGUUGACGCCGGAUCUCAGCUGGAAGGCGCAUGGUGAUGCUGUAGGAUCCGUAUCGUUCCACCCGUAUCAGUCGUGGCUUGCAUCUGUCUCUGGCUCGAGGCACUGGCCUGACGUUGCCUCUGAGGACAGCGAGUCGGAAGGAGAAAGCGACAGCGACGCUUCAAGCAGCUCUUUGGAGGCGGAGGCUGCCGAUUGCCGGCGCCGAGCUUGGUCGACGAACGACAGCUCUCUCAAAGUGUGGGACUUUUCCCAUCCUCCGAUACCGUCCUCCUGA